AUGGCGGACCAUAACUCCUAUCUUGCGUACAAACGAGAUACCAGACACUUGAUCUACUGGAUGAUUCGCGCCUCUAACAGUAUCAUCAAGUCUUCAUCGUCGUUCCCAACCUCAGACACCACACCAAUAACUCUAAAUACGACGGGCCAAAUUACAGUGGCAGCCCUUCUGCCUGUCUCGAGGCUCAUCGCGACACACAUUAGUCCCAUCCCAUCAACUAUUUACCGCCUAUUCCAGUCGGUCAUCGCUGUAAGAACAGCUACCCAUAGCCUAUUUCAGCAGGUUGUGGCCAAACAGCCGGAUCCGGAGAUCGAAAAGAGUAAUGCUUCUCACAAAUACUUCAUCAAUGCUUUAACUGAGGCCUUUGAAACCGUGGGUGGUCAGGUUUGGGCUUCAAAGCAGACGUCUGACGCGGAAACACUCAAUGAAGAGGAUGUAGACGAGGUUAUAUUCACUAAUAAAUUUUCUGCGCUUGGUAUUGAUGGGUCGAAUGAUGAGCAGGAGGCAGAGGAUGCAGUUGGGGGAGGACCCGACGGGCGAUCCAUGGGCGCUUCGACACUCCCGAAGAAGAAAUCUACAGCCAAAGGAAAGAAGGGCAAACGAGGAAAGAAAGCAGGAGGAAAAUCGAAGUCGGCAGUCAAGGAAGCCAGCAUCGACGAAGUACCAUUGGAGAGCUAUCGUAUCAUCGAAGAUGAAAGUGGGCCUAUUACCGACUAUCUGAUAGUGGUUUACUCGCUGGUUAAACAAUGGACCGAACUUCGACAUUAUGUCCAAGGUCUUUGGCGCGAGGUGUCAUAUGGCGGCCUUAAUAGCGCGGUUGCGGGAGCUAUGUCUAAUAUAGCUAUUGCUAUGGUCAAGCAAACAGAAUCUACAAUAUUUGUCGACUUUCCCGGACAUGAGUCCUACGAGACCGUCAUGACGACCAUCACACGUGGGGAUCCAAAGAAAGCGCAAGGCAUGUUUCACAUGGCUCUACACCAGAUUAAUCCUGACGGUGAAACCGUUGGAGAGGUUCACCAAGUGGAUGUUGACGUUAAAGAGCAAUUUUUAAUACACGCUUAUCAGGAUCUUCUCGACUUCGUAACGGAUUUCCAAAAGAAUCGGAGUGUCAACGUUUACUCAGGUGUCGUUGUCCAGCGCAUCAAUGUGAAGGGCCAAAAUAUCGUCCUCGAAACGGUGGACUGGUCCAUAAACGGCCCUUGGUAUAACCACCGGACUCUAUUCGGCUUGAAUGAGUUUGCCGGUGUCGUCACUUAUCUUGCUAUGCAGAAGCCCGGUACGGAUGUUCGGCAAAUGAUCCUCCCUCAUCAUGUUUUCCAGAUCCAGUGCAUUGUUGAUUCUCUUAGUGUCUCCCGGGGUUGGUCGCCGAGUAGUUUCAAAGGUCACGUUAUUAGGCCACCUGCGCAAGGAUUCCGUCCACGACGAGAUGUCGACCUCUUCAUAGAUCGCGAGAAUGAGAGAACUAGUCAUAGAUAUCCUGACGGGAAGGGCUAUAUCCGCCAGGAAAUCGGAUUAUUUGCGUCCCUGCAAGGCUGUUUCCCGACUACAUUCUUCGCUGAUGGCAAAGUCCCCGCCUCUGGCUUUAGGGGAGCCUUCCUUGAGGUAUGUGGCGAUGGUUCUCGUCGCGCGACUUUCGAAAGGCGGGCUAUCAGACGGACAAUCGCCCGCACAGCAACCGGCCUCCACGGGCUCUUGCGUAUGGACGGGAACCGUUUCUACAAGCAAAAGUCAGUUCUCAGUCUUUAUCGCGAGGCAGACUGGGUUCUAGAGCGCAUUCCUGAUGAGGAAGUUCACGUAGCUUCCGCAUUAAGGAUGACCCGGAUAGCCCAAACCAAGCAUGUAACUGAUCCAGCGACGGGCAAGAGAGUAUUAGAGAACACCCCUCUUGUUGCUCGUGCAAGGUCUGCCGGAAUAGAUGAUCAAAAAGUGGCUCAGAUGAUGUCUCAGCUAGAAGAUUGCGGCAGCGAUCAGCCGAUUCCGGAGGCAGUACUAGCUGCACAGCCUGAAGGUUACACUACGUUGCCAUUUCCUAAACCUAAACGUGGGGGCAACGCACUUAGUAAAAGUGGUCUGGGCGCCUGUGGAUUGCUAAACCUUAUCAAAAUGGAUGUUCUCACCGAUAUUUGUGGCGUCCGGCCGCUUUCAAGUUUAAACUACGUCUGGGUCGCUGUGCGGUUUAUGAUGCUAUUUAUGCAGAUUGAGGAUGAAUUAAAGCGGUUACGCAACCCGUUGUGGGUUCGCGCAUACGAGCAGGAACCAUCAAUGAUGCGAGAGAAGAGGUUGUCACUUACAAUGCUAGUGCUUGAUAGAGAGGACUUCGAGUGUAUGGAGGUAAUGGCUCGAGUAUUCCAGAAGCCAAGGGCUGGAUUCAUGGAACACAUCUAUUGGGAUGGCUUAGAUGAACCCACGAAGGCGAUCCGUAUGGGUAUGGAUCCGUUGGCUGAUGAUGAGGCCGCGGCGUCGUGUAUAGUGAUGUAA